AAUAUACGGGGGUAAGAGUCGCGCAGGUCACGUGAUUGGUGUGUAGGUCACGUGAGUAACGCGCGCGAUGAUACGAGAAUCGGCGCGACGAAGUUCCGCGCGCACUUCACGACGUUGCAAAACGUCCGAUCGGACUGCGAUUUUCUGGUAUCCAUAUCCACGACCAACUCUCAACGGUGCCAUUUAUAUCGAAUAAAUGUUAUCGAGUGUAGAAUGUCAAAAAGCUCAUCGGGAUACACGGUAUUUUGGGCAUUCGAUAUUUCGUCCCGCAGUUUUUGGCGCAAUUAGUCGUGUAACGGACAAUGAGCCAACAUGGCAAUCCGUCUGCACGGCGAAGUAAGGAUUCUGAAGGUAGAAUCAACGUCGACAAGCCACUCUGGGACCAGGACACAUACUUUGGCAGAUGGAUGCAUUACGCUUUCAUCACGGAUUGCCGUACAAUAUUUGUGUCAGAGAAGAAACUGCGGGAAGCAAAAAAGCUCUGCGAGGAUUAUAAAGCUGGAAAAGAGCCGGCGGGUGUGCAACGUGAGGACAUAAUCUACGCAAAGAAGCUCAGAGACAGUGCCUUUCAUCCUGAUACAGGUGAGCUUAUGCACUUGCUCGGUAGGAUGUCCUCCCAGUUACCUAGUUCCAUCGUCCUUACCACUGCCAUGUUGACGUUUUACAAAUCUGCUUAUGGUGUGAUAGCGUGUCAACUAGUUAAUCAAGGUAUCAAUGCAAUUGUUAAUUAUACCAAUCGAAAUCCUAUGAGCGAUGAUCCUGACGACGUCAACAUGUUUCAUCAGGCUUUUGCAUUAGCCACUACAGCGAGUUGUGCUGCGGCUUUGGGCUUCAGAAAAAUACUUGCCAGCAGAGGAACCCUUUUUGCACGUUUCGUUCCGUUCUGCGCUGUUGCAGCCGGCAACAUAGUGAAUCUACCCAUUAUGAGACAACGGGAGAUCACACGGGGAAUUCCGAUCUUUAUUAAAGAUCGGGACCAAUGUAUCAUGAUGUCGCGAGUAGCUGCCAUCAAAGGUAUUUCCGAGUGCAUUGUCACCAGGAUAUUAAUGGCAGCGCCGGGAAUGUUGUUAGUCCCGCUGGUGACUCAACGCUUACAACCAUAUUGUUUUCAUCAGCUUCGACCGUGGCUCGCCAUGCCCAUCGAGAUCGGUCUGAGCACAAUUUGUUUGCUGAUCAUGAUUCCCUCGGCGCUCGCCAUUUAUCCCCAAAGAAAUUCAAUGAAGCCGGGUCUGAUGAAAAUAUGUCCAGGCGAGUACGAGGAGUUUCAAAAGGCAAUAGGUGAAUGCGCGUACCCGGACAGAGUUUAUUACGACAAGGGAUUAUAAUCGGUAUGGAUAAAGAGAAAAAAGCAUUUACAUUAGACGUUAGUCGGAAAGUCAUUAGGCUCUCCAUUCGGUUUAUGAAAUCCGAAAUUUCACAAGUUACAAAAAUGAAUAAGGCCACGAUGUAACAAUUUCUAUUUCAUGAAAUAAUCUAACAACGUUUAUUGAUAUAUUAAUUACGUAUAUUAAUAUAUUUCUUAUCAAUUGCACAUUUGUACGAAAUCGCACAUGUGUACGUUUGUUGUCAUAUCACUAUACAUGGCAGCACCUUUACUUUCGACAUACUUCGACAAUACGAAGUAAACAAUACUAUUGUUAAGUAUGAUAUUUCAGUGCCUAACGGUAUACUCAAAGAAUCUUUGCAAUAUUAAAACAUUAAAACAUUAACAACUUAUAAAUUAAUAUUGAAACACUGGAGAAGAAUCAUUGAGCAUUUGUUUGAACAGAAUUAUUGCUACGGUUUGUGAUUAGACUACCAAAGCACCAAAGUGUAUUGUCAACGUUUCAUCCUUCGCUACUUAUCGUUCCUAUUGCGGCUAACCGCUCUCUAUCGUACGAUAUCUAUAUAUCGAUGGAAUUUCAUUUUAUCACCUUGUAGAUAUACGUGUUACGUUUCAUGACUAAUCCUAACUUCUAACAAUUUCAAGGCGGUGUUAGAAAUUAAGUACUUAAUUCAGAUCACGUAAAAGUUUCGUGAUCUUCUAAAACGUAUUAAAAAAAAGGAGGUACUAUUGCAACAAUCGAUUAUCCUUGAUAAGGAUAUUAUCAAUCACGAAUUCAUAUCUGUUCCAGCAGAAGAGUUCGCCACAAGUGCGUCAGUUGAAACAACGACACUUACAAAGGAAUAGCGCUUAUCUAAGAGUUUUGUAAAAUAGAAACUUUACAUAACAUUAUAACCCCUUGUUGAAGUACAAAUGCGACGGUAUCGCACCGCCUUCGCAGUUCUUCUUCAGCAAUUCGUAAUUUUCUGGUUCCCAUCGUUGCAGAGUGCUCGCUUUGAUAGAACUGUGAAAACAGAUAUGUAUGCGUAUGUCAACACACAAAUCGAAAAGAAAAGCAUUUGUGUGCGAAUUGAAAUACUAUUUACCAAUUUUGUGGGAACAACGCACACGCCGUCGGCACCAUAACUGAAAGACUAAGAGAAUCAACAGAAUUUAUGUAUUAAUAUGAUAAACGAGAGAAAAUAUACGACAACGAUAUAUGACUGGGAAGGAUAAUACUCACGAAAUGCCGCACAUCAUAAUUUGUAUCGGCGCGUGCAAAGGUUUAAUUCUCUGCAUCCACGCGUACUUCUCCAAUCUUUCCAUUAUAGGCGGCAGAAUGACUAAAAAUAUUAAUUGUGAUUUUAAUUGAUAGUAUUGUUCUAGUGAUGUUGAAACUGAGAAUUUUAAACGAAUGAUUUUGAGAUAAAUCAUACAAUACGUACGCAUUCCAGGUGCACACAUGACGAUUCUCGAAAUAACGACUUGCGAAAUACCUUUAACAGCCGCGAACUAAAAUUAUAUUGAUCACAAAAUUCUGGUAUAAGUGGGCUUGUACCAAGUGGGAUUUAUAAUUAUGAAAAAACUUUAUACCUUC